CAAAAUCCAAACUGCAUCUACUGUCACAACCCAAAAAUAAUCUGAUUGAUACAUAAAUUGCUGAAUAAUUGUGAAAAUAGACUCAUUAUAUUAAUUAUAAAUAUUUUUAAAUAUUAAGAUAAAAUUUCCACGGUCAUAAAUAAAGUGAUGGAACAGCUACAACAGCAUUUGUCAAGUGUUCGCGUACCAGGCGAUAAUAUACCAAUUUACAAAGAUGAAUGUGUCUAUUCGUAUGAUUCACCAGAAACUCCAACAGGACUUUAUGUCAGCUUAACAAGUUUCCUGGGUUUUGGUGAAGCUUAUGUCAAACGGUAUGCUGAUAAGACUGGAAAUGCAGUAUUCUUGCAUAUACAGCGCGUUAAAACUCCUAAAGUAGGUGAAGGCGGUGCCGCUGCCGGUGCUGAGGAAGGAGGACCGGAACGUAAAAUAACCAGACUCGCUAUUGGCAUUGAGGGUGGAUAUAAUGCUAACGAGAAGAAAUACGGUAUUUUUGUCACCGAUAACGAGAAGAAAUACGAUAUUAAGGAUACUUAUAGUAUUGUUGUUAUGCCGGACAUUGACAAGAAAUUGCCUUUCCCUGACGAGCAAUUACCCAUGCUUGUCACACAAUCUGUAGAGGCUGUUAUAACUCAAGAAUCAACCAUUGCAAAGCUAGAAAAACAAACGCUUACGGGAACUUGGGAUGGUGAGGUGCGACAGGUAUCAAAAUAUUCGGACGCUUUAAUACAACAUGAUACUGGCAAAAAAAUACCACCCUCUGGUUGGAAAUGUGAAAAAUGUGAUUUGACUAAUAAUUUAUGGCUGAAUUUAACUGACGGCUCCAUACUUUGUGGGCGUAAAUUUUUUGAUGGCUCUGGUGGCAAUGAUCAUGCUGUGGAAUACUAUCGCAAAACUGGUUAUCCAUUAGCGGUUAAAUUAGGAACCAUUACCGCCGAUGGCAAAUCUGAUGUUUUCUCAUAUCCAGAAGAUGAUAUGGUCAUUGAUUCGAAUCUUGAAAAACAUCUAGCUCAUUUUGGUAUUAAUAUGGCAGCAAUGAAAAAAAGUGAGAAAUCAAUGGUCGAAUUGGAACUUGAAAUUAAUCAACGCAUAGGUGAAUGGUCGUUACUGACUGAAAGCGAAAGCGAACUUCAACCACUGGCUGGCCCAGGCUACACGGGUAUGCGAAAUCUGGGCAAUUCAUGUUACAUUAACAGUGUUAUGCAGGUAAUAUUCACCAUUCCCGAUUUCAUCAAGCGAUACGUUGGCGAGGGCGCGGAAAAAUUGUUCAAUUCAUUCCCUUCGGAUCCGGCAAAUGAUUUCAACGUACAAAUGGCCAAGUUAGGAAAUGGACUGUGGUCAGGCAAAUACAGCAGUAUAGCAGAAAAUUCACUAGAUUCCGAAAGUACAGGCAUUUCGCCAGCUAUGUUUAAAAAUGUUAUUGGCAAAAACCACCCCUAUUUUAGUACGAAAUUGCAACAAGAUGCCCAUGAUUUUUAUUUGCAACUUGUCAAACUGAUCGAGCGAAAUUCACGUAAUGGAGAAAAUAAUCCUAUAGAAGCACUCACGAUAAAUUUCGAGGAACGUAUAGAGUGUACAAGCACGAAAAGAGUAAAAUAUUCAAAUCGGGACGACUUCUAUCUGCCUUUGGAUAUACCACUGGAGAAGGCAACAAAUUUAGAUGAGGUCAAGGAAUAUUUGGAGCGUAAAUCUGCUGAAGGUAAUAAUAGCGGCGACAAAAAUAUAGUGCGGCAUAAAGUGCCAUUGCAUGCAUGCUUAGAACGCCUGUUUGCACCUGAGGAGCUUGGCGAGUACUACUCAUCAGCUGCUGAUUGUAUUACUACUGCCAAAAAAACUACAAGACUGGCUAAUAUGCCAGAUUACCUUAUGAUGCAUUUACACAAAUUCACGAUCGGUAGUGAUUGGGUACCAAAGAAGUUGGAUGUGUCAGUAGACAUGCCUGACGAAAUAGAUCUCAGCAACUGGCGCGGAACUGGGAUGCAACCAGAAGAGCAAGCGUUUCCGGAAACGGUAGAUAAACCGAAAUUUUCAUUCGAUGAAAAUCUUAUGAGCGAACUUAUGCAAAUGGGAUUCCCACAAGAAGCAUGCAAACGUGCUGUAUACAAUACAAAAAAUAUUAGUUUAGAAGCGGCUUCCAAUUGGCUUAUGGAACAUAUUGGUGAUUCAGACAUCUCAGACCCAUUUGUUUUACCUGCCGAUGGUACUGGCGGAAGUGAGAGUAGAACAAUAGCGACUCCGGAGAAUAUAACAAUGUUAACAGCAAUGGGUUUUGAAGAACGUUUAGUAAUCAAAGCAUUGAAAGCAACAGAUGAUAACCUUGAGCGUGCCACCGACUGGAUUUUCUCACAUGCUGACGAUAUGGACACUGAUGAUGUGCCCACCGGAAAUGAUACUUCUGCUGCUGCUGCUGCCGCCCAGAAAAAGAAAUACCGUGAUGGUGUGGGGAAAUACAAACUCGUAGCUUUCGUCUCGCAUAUGGGCACAUCAGCCCAGGUUGGACACUAUGUGUGUCACAUACUAAAGGAUGGACGAUGGGUUAUCUUCAACGACAGUAAGGUGGCGAUUUCUCAGAACCCACCAAAAGAUCUCGGUUAUUUAUAUCUAUAUAAGCGUUACGAGUAAAUUAAUAACAUAUUUGUGGUUAGUUUAAAUUCGUAUUUCAAACGAACUUGCCUUUAAUACUACAUAUUGAAUUAUUAAAGUAUAUUUUUAAAUGCAAAGGACUGAAAAAAUUUAAUACUUCAAGAAAAAAGGCUUACCACUGUUUCCUUAUAGAAACAAAAUUACGGUACAAGCAUAUUUAUCUAGAAAUGUUUUAGCCUUAAAAUAAUUGCAUUAUUAAUAAAGCAGACAAAAUUUUCGCCACCAAGAUAUUCUUAGCUAGCUCUAA